AAGAUGUGAGGAGAUGGUCGACAGGCCGAGAAUAUAUGGCAUCUGGUUGCUCCAUCGUGUCUCACGAGAGGGACGCGCCCUCGCGUGCAUGGAAUGGAAGAACCACUUCUUCUCCACCUACAUGGCUAUAUCUAGUGGCGUUUUGGAGCUGGCUAGUGUCCUUGUGAUGCAUCUUGCGUUCUUCUUCUCCCCUAGUCUUUAGGAUGCUGCCAACACCGCGCUUGCUCUGAUACAUCGGAGCAGCUUAAUUUUAUUUAUUUAUUUAUAAUUUAUUAACUUAUUUGUGCAUUCGUAAUUUUAUAUAUUUAUUAAUUUAUCGGCCUCCGUGGUCUAUGGAGUCCGCCGGCGGUAGCAUCCCUAGGCCGCAGACGGCGUCCGCGCGCCGGCUGGGGCGCAGCUCCAGCUCUGCUUCCCGCGCUGGCGCUGGCGCGUUCGCCUACGACGGGAUGCGCGCCGCGCCGCUCUUCUCCUCGGCCAACUUCGCGCGCUCCCUCCGCAAGGCGGCCUCCUUCGGCCACAAGAAGAAGCCAAGCGCCGGCGACGCCGAUGCGGCCGCGCAACCGCCCCGCCGGGCACUGAGCAGCAAGGAUCAGAACACCGUCCACGGCGCGGACGCCGGGGCGGUGACGUUGUCCCCCCGCCGGUCGCCGCCACAGCCCGGCGUCGGUGCGAGGCAAGGCCCCUGGGAGCCCGCGAGGCGGAGGCGCAGCACCGGGGGGGCGUCGCCGGACGAAACCCCGGCGGAUAAAGUAUCGGCUGGCGCGCUGAGGGACAUGAUGAUGCGGAAGAGGGAGGGGUCCGAGAAGGAGGAGACGGUGCACCGGGCGCGCGUGCUCGCCACGCGGCUGCUGCAGUGGCGGUUCGCCAACGCUCGGAUGGAGAAGGCCGCCGCCCGCGCGACCUCCGCAGCCGAGAACAAGCUGUUCUACACGUGGCUGCGCGUGGCGGAGCUGCGCAACAUCCAUGCGGCGAAGCGGAUCGUGGCGCAGCGGCGGCGGCAGAAGCUGAAGCUGGAACGGCUGCUGCGGCCGCAGCUGCCCCUCCUCGCACCAUGGGAGUCGUUGGAGGAGCCCCACUCCGACGCCGUCUCCGACCUCGCCGGCGCCCUCUCCGCCGCCUGCACACCCCUCCCCGUAACCGCCGGCGCCCAAGUCGACAUGGAGUCGCUCCGCGAGAUCGUGUUCGCCUGCGUGGGCACGGCGACCGAGAUCGAGGCCAACGCCGACAGGUUCUACGCCACGGCCGGAGCGACGAGCGGCGCGCUGGGCGAGCUUGCAAGGACGAUACGGCAGGAGGUGGAAGGCCUGGAGGAAGCCAUGCGGCUGUCCAGGGUCGUCACUCGCUUGCAGAUGCAGGAGGCGAGCCUUCGGACGAACUUAGUUCAGGCGAAGCAGAAGCGUGAUCACGACAUGGGAGUCGCCUUCGUCGCCCCGGCGACUGCAGCUUCCGGGUGGUGCUACUGAGUUUUGAUCAGUCUCACACGCUAGCUAUGGCUAAUUUAAGAUAAGAUGCCGGGCUCGUGUCAUCGUGACAGACCGACGGGAGAUGUCACCUCUCUAGACCUGAUUCAUGUAUGUUUGUCCAUUUUAAUAAAUUACGUUUGCAGUAAUUUGAGGUACUCGGGGCCCGGGGUAAACGUGUGUUGAACGACCGUGUGCUGUAAAUAGUGGGUUUUCUGGGUAGGUAGGCAUACAUUUACAUCCGGAUACUGUAAUUUGAACCAUUCAAUUAUUUGAACCAUUCGGAGACCA